UCUAGCUCUUCACUGAGCCACCUCUUUUUUUUUUUUUUUUUUCGGGUAAAUAUUUAUUCUCUCUCUUUUCUUCUCUUCUUUUCUCUGCUAAACCCUAGCUUCUAAAUUAUACUCUCACCCACCAAUUCGCCGUCAAUUUUACUUAUUUAUAAAUUAUCUCUGAGGAAGUUUCUUUAAACUUUAUCGAACGAUGUCGGACGAUGAAAGAGAGGAAAACUUCUCCUGAAGUAUUUACCAAAUAAAAAUACCCUGCUGAGAUCGUCAAUAGCAUUGCAGUUGGGGAUUUCAGAAUCUAAACCUAAGGCUGAGAUCGUUGACGUUUGUGCGAAAAGAGAUACAUUUGUCUGAGAGCAAACUGGUAAUAUGUACAAGAAUGUGACGGAGAAGAAAUCAAAGUCCCAAAAUGACAGCAGGAUAGCAAUCCCACCCUACAUGAAAGCAGUGUCAGGGUCAAUAGGCGGGGUUAUGGAGGCGUGUUGUUUACAGCCAAUUGAUGUAAUCAAAACAAGAUUACAGCUGGAUAGGAGUGGGACUUACAAGGGAAUAAUCCACUGUGGUAAAACCGUUUCGAGAACGGAAGGAGUGAGGGCUUUAUGGAAAGGAUUGACACCGUUUGCUACUCACUUAACGUUGAAAUAUGCAUUGAGAAUGGGAUCUAAUGCGUUGUUUCAAUCUGCGUUCAAGGAUUCUGAGACUGGCAAGAUUAGUAAUCGAGGCCGAGUGUUAUCUGGCUUUGGUGCUGGUGUUCUUGAAGCUCUUGCUAUUGUUACUCCCUUUGAGGUAGUGAAAAUUAGACUGCAGCAGCAAAAAGGGUUGAGUCCCGAUCUUCUGAAGUACAAGGGUCCUGUACAUUGUGCUCGUAUGAUCAUCCGUGAAGAAGGCAUCCUUGGGCUCUGGGCAGGGGCUGCUCCAACUGUGAUGCGAAAUGGGACAAAUCAGGCAGCCAUGUUUACGGCAAAAAAUGCUUUCGAUGUAGUGUUAUGGAAGAAACAUGAAGGUGAUGGGAAAGUCCUUCUACCUUGGCAGUCUAUGAUAUCUGGAUUUCUUGCUGGGACAGCAGGUCCAGUGUGCACUGGGCCGUUUGAUGUUGUCAAAACAAGAUUGAUGGCUCAGAGCAGAGAGGGGGGCAAUUUGAAAUACAAAGGCAUGAUCCAUGCUAUCAGAACAAUAUAUGCUGAGGAAGGCCUCCGUGCCUUGUGGAAGGGACUGCUGCCCCGGCUCAUGAGAAUUCCCCCGGGCCAGGCCAUAAUGUGGGCUGUGGCUGACCAAAUUAUUGGUUUGUAUGAGAAGAGAUAUAUACACAAUGCUCCCUUGUAGGUAGUUUUUUUUUUUACCAUGUCUUGCUCCUUCUGAUCUUAAAUACUAAGCAAUUUUGCCGGCUGAGAGGACAUUGUACCCCCUUGUAAGUACUAUUUACCCUGUUUUGUCUAUUCACCCUUGUAGGUAUUGCUUACAUUAUUUUGCUUGUUCUGGUUUCAAGUCCGGUGCAAGUAUAUUUCUUCUUGAAUUUGUUGUUUAGAAGAAAUUAUUGAAGUAUGAAUUGGACAAUGAUAAUAAGCAGUGUAAUGUUUACAUUGUCUUUAUUGAGGGACAACAACUUCAGUAUUUUUGAGA